UCUCCCUUUCCUUUCUUGUGUGUUUCAGAUGUCUGCUGUCCGACACACCCUUUCCUUUCAUGAGUUUAACAUCACAGGAUGAGGUUCUGCCAACUGCUGCUGAUAUCUCCGCAUCAAAGGGUUAAUAGCACUAGUAAGGUGAGGUGGUGGGGAGGAGCUGAACUGGGAAAAAGGCAGAUGUGCAACCAGGAAAAGUUAGGUGUGAUCUGCCUGUGAGUGAGGAGAGAAAAGUUUAAGGAGUUGUACGCACAGCAGGGCUCCAAAUAUCUGAUCUGAAGGGAUAUCUGCCUGGGCUUUAGGAUGGUGACCACUUCAUGUUCUUAGAUGGUUGAUCUAAAAUGGUCCUCAGGCUGCAGAUGUAAAGGUCUCUCUGCUGUCCCUUGGUGAACCACCUCUUAAGGUCUACAAGAUAUCGGAAUCAUAAACUCAAGUAUCUCAUCUCUGAAGAAAACCAGUGAAGUGGCUCAUAGACUCAGGAAACUGUUCUACAAGAUACUGAACUAAGUCAACCAUGCUGAAUCACCAUCAUCCGGGUUGAUCCUUGGAUAUCCAGAGGCUGUUGAUCUCUAGAUCACCGAAUCCCUCAAGCCUUCUGAUCAUCAUAUAAACACUACGUGCAAUAGAUGCCCUCAGUCUGGUCAACUAUAUAAGUAAAGUGCAGAAUCUAAUUCUAAUUGGUCUUGUGGGAAAAUAUUUGUGGGGGACAUUAGACUUUUGAUUUAAAAGAAUUAAAUGCACCAACGGUAAAAUCAAGGCUUCUCUGAACAGGUUCUGCUUUAUAACAGACGACCAGGGGAAGGUGAUGGGUCACAAAGGUGGAACCCAAUAAGCAGAACCAAGGUCUACAAAUAAAUCAAGAAUCAAGUGAUGUCCCCAUAUUGUCUGUCACAGGAAUUACAGGAAAGCAGAUAAUCUCACUGCAUCUCGGGCAGCUUUGUACGUCUUAAGUGGACAAUAAAAAGAUAACCACCGUCUGGGUCUCCAUCUCUGCAAUGCUGACUGCUGUAUGUAGCUCUUUGGUGAACCAGCCUUCUGAGACUACUGGCUCUCCAUCAUCACCUGAGAUCUCUGUGAGACCGUACCUUCAACUUUCAGAAUCAGAUUCAGGACUUUCCUUACAGCAAGAAAGUAUUCAAGAGUUUUCCUUUCCUGCUAGCGAGAAAUACGCCUCCCUGACCUCGGUGAGACCCUCCAGCCAGACAUAUUCAGUUCGGGAAUCUGAGGAAAGCAACUUAUUUCCCAAAUUUCUGCACCCACCUCUUGAGAUGUCCCACCCAUAUGAAACUUGGAUCCGACCCCCAGGUCCAGGCGGAUCUGGAGAAGAGGGUGGGGUACCUUCAUGGUGGGAUCUUCAUGCUAGUUCUAGCUGGGUGGAUCUGCAGCCUGGAGCAGGGGGCUUUUCUGCUUCCUCCCCACAUCAGCCUCCACUUGGAGGUUAUAGCUCAGAGAUGUGUGUGCCACCACCACACAUGCUUCCUACUUCUUCCCACCUUAUGGGAACUUUGGAACCUGCUCUGGAAUCCCAUUCCUCUGACCAAGGUUCAGAAGGUUCACCUCGACCCAAAGGUGUUCGAAGAGCAAUGCCACGGAGUGCGGCCCAAACAGCCUGUCGAUGUCCUAACUGCCAAGAGGCAGAGCGUGUGGGUGGUGGUGGAGAGGGUGGAAAGCACAAAAUUCUUCACAACUGUCACAUUCCAGGAUGUGGCAAAGCAUAUGCCAAGACCUCCCAUCUUAAGGCUCAUCUGCGCUGGCAUAGUGGAGACAGACCAUUCGUGUGCAAUUGGCUGUUCUGUGGCAAGAGGUUCACUCGGAGCGAUGAGUUACAAAGGCAUCUUCAGACCCACACCGGAGCAAAAAAGUACCCUUGUACCUCCUGUAGUCGUGUCUUCAUGCGCAGCGAUCAUUUAACCAAGCACAUGAAGACACAUGAGGGUGAAAGCAGGGGAGCAACAGAGACAAUGAGUAAGGCCAAGAGUGAGCCAGAUGAGAGUGGAGCAAGUAAUACAAACUGAGACUUAACAAAUAGGAGGCCCGGUCCUGGAUGAGUAUAUCCUACCUCCGGACUAGAAUAAGAGAGGAAUUCUGUAACAUAUUUAAUUUAUUUUGUAGAUGGAAUAGAUCAAGUGUUCCCCCACCCUGACAUGACAUCUCUGAUGUUGGAAUAGAAAGGGUAACGGUGCCUUAGCAGACGGUGUCAACACUAUCUCUAUCUCAGAGAGUGUAUUUAAAUUAAUUGGUGUAUUGAAACCUGAAAAAGAGCGUAGGGUAUAGAUAUAAUUUCAGAAGGCAAACUUGGGUAUCUACGUUUCAUCUCAAUGACUCCUGGGCAUUAUCAUCUAUGGGAGAAGGUCAUGAAGGAAGUGUUCUAAGUGACCAAUAAGGAGAAGAUCACUGGGUAUGUUGUAGAUGAGUAGUAGGACCAGCCAAUUGCAUCAUUGAUAGAUUAGGAAGAAUGUUAUACAGGACAUAGCUAGAUACUGAGUAUGAAGAUUUAAGGCACAACCUUAGAAGAACUGGUGAUUUAGAACAGGGAUCCCCAACUUUUUGAACCCAUUCAGAAGUAUAAGGAGUUAGGGAGCAACAUAAGCGUGAAAAAUG